AUGGUCUCUCCGGCCAUUGCCCUGGCCUUCGUGCCCUUCGUGGUCACCCUGCUCAUCCGCUAUCGCCAUUACUUCCUGCUCUUCUACCGAGCGGUGCUGCUCCGGAAGCUGCGGGACUACCUGACCGGCGUCCCCCGGGAGCAGAGAGCCUUCCGUUACCUCCUGACCCACGCCAUCCCCGGAGACCCUGUGCACAUCCUGGAGACCUUCGACCAGUGGAGCUACCACUGCGAGUAUCUCAGCAACCUGGGACCCCAGAAAGCAAAGAUCCUGGAGCGUCUGAUCUACGACCAGGCUCCCCUCACGGUACUGGAACUGGGCACCUACUGCGGCUACGCCUCCAUCCUCAUGGCGCAGACGCUCCCGCUGGGCGCCCGGUUGUACACCGUGGAGAUGGACGUGCGCAAGGCGUCGGUGGCGGAGAAGGUGAUUCGGCUGGCCGGCUUUGACGAUGACACGGUGGAACUCAUCGUGGGCCCCUCGGAGGAGGUCAUCCCCCUCCUCAAGGAGACCUUUCUGCUGCCGGAGGUCCACCUGGUGGUCAUGAACCACUGGAAGCGCUGCUACCUCCGGGAUCUGCAGCUGCUGGAAGACUACGGCCUCCUCCAGCCAGGGGCCACCAUCCUGGCGGACAACGUCAUCUUCCCCGGCGCACCCCACUUCCUCCAGUACGCCAAGGCCUGCGGGAAGUACAAGUGGAGGGUCCACCGGACCAGCCUCCAGUACUUCCGGGGCAUCCCCGAUGGCAUGGCCCAGCUGACCUACGUGGGUCUGGAGUGA